AUGACUCCACUCUCCCCGCCGGACACAGCUCACAUCCACUCUCCCCGCCGGACACAGCUCACAUCCACUCUCCCCGCCGGACACAGCUCACAUCCACUCUCCCCGCCAGACACAGCUCACAUCCACUCUCCCCGCCAGACACAGCUCACAUCCACUCUCCCCGCCGGACGCAGCUCACAUCCACUCUCCCCGCCAGACACAGCUCACAUCCACUCUCCCCGCCAGACACAGCUCACAUCCACUCUCCCCGCCGGACGCAGCUCACAUCCACUCUCCCCGCCGGACGCAGCUCACAUCCACUCUCCCCGCCGGACGCAGCUCACAUCCACUCUCCCCGCCGGACGCAGCUCACAUCCACUCUCCCCGCCGGACGCAGCUCACAUCCACUCUCCCCGCCGGACGCAGCUCACACCCACUCUCCCCGCCGGACGCAGCUCACAUCCACUCUCCCCGCCAGACACAGCUCACAUCCACUCUCCCCGCCGGACGCAGCUCACACCCACUCUCCCCGCCGGACGCAGCUCACAUCCACUCUCCCCGCCAGACACAUCCAGACACAGCUCACAUCCACUCUCCCCGCCAGACACAGCUCACAUCCACUCUCCCCGCCAGACACAGCUCACAUCCACUCUCCCCGCCAGACACAGCUCACAUCCACUCUCCCCGCCGGACACAGCUCACAUCCACUCUCCCCGCCGGACGCAGCUCACAUCCACUCUCCCCGCCAGACACAUCUCACAUCCACUCUCCCCGCCAGACACAGCUCACAUCCACUCUCCCCGCCGGACACGGCUCACAUCCACUCUCCCCGCCAGACACAGCUCACAUCCACUCUCCCCGCCGGACGCAGCUCACAUCCACUCUCCCCGCCGGACGCAGCUCACAUCCACUCUCCCCGCCAGACACAGCUCACAUCCACUCUCCCCGCCGGACACAGCUCACAUCCACUCUCCCCGCCGGACGCAGCUCACAUCCACUCUCCCCGCCAGACACAGCUCACAUCCACUCUCCCCGCCAGACACAGCUCACAUCCACUCUCCCCGCCAGACACAGCUCACAUCCACUCUCCCCGCCGGACACAGCUCACAUCCACUCUCCCCGCCAGACACAGCUCACAUCCACUCUCCCCGCCGGACGCAGCUCACAUCCACUCUCCCCGCCAGACACAGCUCACAUCCACUCUCCCCGCCGGACACAGCUCACAUCCACUCUCCCCGCCAGACACAGCUCACAUCCACUCUCCCCGCCGGACGCAGCUCACAUCCACUCUCCCUGCCGGACACAGCUCACAUCCACUCUCCCCGCCAGACAUAG